AUGUCGAGUAUACGCAUCCAAAACACGACCGUCGUUAUCGAAUGGGAUGUUGAUAAUACAACACGUUCACUGGCGACACCCGAUCCGAUCAACAGCACGAUACAGUUUACACUACGACUCGAUGCGCCUACCACAAAAGGCCAAUGCGGUGCCCUUUUUGAGGUCAUGGUACCCGUCAGAUUCAAGGAUAAAGGAAAACACGCGUCAAUAUACCUUCGCUUGAGCCCUUUGUUCAUCAGCUUCUUUGACUUUACCAUCAAGGCGGAACCGUCUGAUGAUAUCAAGACCACCUUCUCCAACGCCGUGACAUGCCUCGAUCUUACACUAGAAAAGCACAUUGCCUUCCUGGCUCCUAGGUAUGUGCAAAUGCCAGUCACAGCUGCUCGCCCACGCUCUGGAGCAGUGCUGGAUGCACUUCGGGAGCUGUCUUGUGCACCCCGUAUGCGGAUAUACGUCAGUGAAGAGGUCAUCACCACUGCUCAGCUCACUCUUAUACAAGACGCCGUAUCGCAGCGCACCCUUGAGCCAUUAUCUGGGCCCGACACCGACAUCUCUCGAAUGUUCGAUGGCCUUGGAGGCAAGUCAGUCCAUCUUUCUCUGCCACAAACAGUCCCAGCACUCCCAACCUACGACGACGCUGCGGCCCUCCCUCCGCCAGCCCCCCCACUCGAACGCAAAAGGCCCCGGUCGGAUAGUGACAACGGUGAUGAUGGCGACAGCGACAAAGAUCGCAGUCGGCUAUGGACGAAAGUACUACGGCUCGAGUCAAUAAUGAUGACCUACGUCGAAAAGCCACGAGCACAAGUCAAUGUCGGGAUGGAAGAGUUGCGAACAGAGAACACGCAGCUGCGCGAGCGGGUCGCAUGCUUGGAGCAUAAGGUCUUAACCUUGCAGAACAAGAAUGAGGAAUUGGAACGAGAUAUAGCCAUUCUAGAACAGGCGAACAAGUGUCGCGAUGAAGAGGAGGACACACAAUUGAUAUCCAUAAGCGAAGGUCUUGAGUCGCUGGAAAGUCGAGUGGAUUGGAUUGAACGUGGAAAGGAUGAUGAGGCGUUUGCUGACAAGCUUAAGGGAGUCAUCUUUGACGAGUUGGCGGCUCGUGUUGCCGGCGGAUGA